UUGCUUAUGGUCACACUGCGACACAGGUGUUAAGCAGCUUCAAGAAAGCUCUCUUUUUCAAGAAACAAGUGGUCCGAAUUCAUAUAAAAUACUUUAUCAAAAAAUAAAUGAAUUUAUAAUAACAAAUUGGAAGCAACUAAAUAUCAAUGCAUCGAUAAUGCCAACAGAACCAACAGAAACCAACCAACCAGAAGAAAAGAUGACCAAGGAAGAUGUGAACAGUUCUAAACGCGAAAAUGUUGCGGCGUCGGCCGUUGUAAGUAACGAUAGUGAUAUAUUGCCUCAAAGAAAUGAAGCCUCAGUCAAUGUGCUGUCAAAUAGCGCUCGAAACGAUACCAGUAACUCGGCUUCCAAUUCACCCCCCCACCAACUCGAUGAAAUUCAAAACAAUGGAGACGCUGUUGAUGCCGCCGAUGCCGUCGAUGGUGUCGACGCUGAUGAGAAUGAAUUACUCAGGCGCAUGCGUGCUGAUGCCGUAGACAACACGAUGUACAGCAAAAAGUUCAUACUACAAACGAUGAUGACGCUUAGUCAACUGCCGCCUCAGACACCACUGGAGACUGAGCUAGAGGAUGAAUUGUGCAAGCUCUGGGAUAUGUCUGUGUCCAAGGAAGUGGUUGACUUCCUACUGCUAAACGAUUCCAUCGAUGUGAUCAUCACAGCUAUAGAAGCCAGUGAAGAUGUACGUUUAUACGAGAUCCUCGUUGGUCUUCUGGGCAAUAUGUGCGCUCAGGUCGAAUGUGUGGAACAGCUGACGUCGAAUCCCGAGUGGGUUGAGCUCUUGCUGCGACUGUGUACCUGCAUGGACACUUGCAUGCUGCUGCAGCUCAUGCGCGUCUAUCAGUAUGUGAUGGCUCACGUGGUCACCGGCAAGGAGCAGCUGGGCAUCGAUUGGUACAUUUGUUUUGCCGCCUGCGACAGUUCCGCAAAGAAUCUCGGCUUUAUAUUGCAACAGUGCAUCAGCGAGGAGCUGCUGGUGGCUGCCCUGAAAGCCAUUAAUGCUGUACUGGCGAGUUGCGCCAUGGUCGAGGAGGAGAACUCUCAAACGGAUCUCAAUUUGAAGCCAUUUGCUGAAGUAUUUUUAGUCCAAGAACUCGUUGAUGGUGUCAACAAUGCCUUUAUGCGUCUAAUGCGGGAUGAUCUUGCCAAGCAAGCGGAAGAACUUGGAGAUGCUGCUGCUUCUGCUGCCAAUGUAGCAACUACAGAUGAAGAAGAUGAUGAAGAUGAAUCGGGUGUACCAAAAAUCACUUGCGACAUAGAAAUAAUUCAAACCUACCUCAAUAUUUGCACCAUUCUCGUUCAGCUACCGGAAGCGCAGCUAUCCAUGGCUUCGCAUACACCCAACAUUAUGUGUUGUUUGACCCGCAUCCUCAUAUUUCUUCAGCAGCCCACUCAGCUGCAUCCGCUAGGUGAACGACAGGAGGAAUACCUCGAAGACAUGGCGCACAUUUGCAGCUGUUUAAAGUAUUGUUACGACAAAGAAAUGUUUGAAAAUCUGUUGAGCGUCUGGUUAAUACUGCGACAACAUAUCGAAGACUAUGCUGAAUACGAUGAAAAUGAUUUCGAGGCCUUCGACGAUGAGUCUCGCUCCCAAUACGAGGAUAAUGCCUUUAAGCUAUUGCGUCUUUUAGCUCACAUGUUAAUCACUGUCGAUCACGAUGUCAUGGUCAAUGAUAUUGCUCACCUUGAUGCUAUGAAAACGGAAUUGCUGCGCUGUGCUUUGCAGGAAGAUGUUCUGCUCCAGAGAGCACAUCAGCGUCUAAACCUGAUUAUCAACGAUGCAGCUGGCCAAGCCAAAUAAUUCUCACAGAAACAGGACUGAAUAUUGUCGUUGCCUUCAAGCG